AUGAUCGACAGAGCCCACCGCCUACACAGACCCAGCCACUUACCUACCACGACCGCAAGAGAUGUUAUAGGACGCAUCCAUUUUUACCACAUGAAAGAGCGCAUCAUGAAGGCCUGUAGGAACGCAACCCUUCCUGAUCUAUACUGCAACAUCAAAUUCUUUGCGGACUUAUCGGCCUCCGCGUUGCAGUUCAGAAAAUCGAUGUCCCUGAUCACAACCACACUCAGACCCAACGGAAUCAGCUACAGAUGGGGUUAUCCGGCGAAUCUGCUGAUACAGAAAGAUGGGGACAUCCAUGCCAUGGCGACUGAAAAUGGAGGCCAGCAAAAGUUCCAGGACUGGGGCAUGCCACUACCAGGACCCCUGGCAUCCACGAUGGCCAAAGUCCCCAGACUAACACCAGAAUUGUCUCAAGCCUAA